AAGUACUUAGACGAUUCUUCUUUCUUUCUAGUUAGCUGUUACUGCAAGUCUCUGUAUCUCUCUGCUUUUUAAAGCUCAAGACCAAAACAGAGAUCUCUCUGUGUGUGCUGUUAAAGCUCAAGAUCAAAACAGAGAGAAGACAGGAAAAGGAUUUGUCAUCUCUAAUGUACUGUGUCGUACAGAAAUGGGUUGUACUCAAAGCUCUCAGAGUUCAAGCACUCGGAUGGAAGGAGGCAGUUUAUGUGUAUUCUUUGCGCCCUUCAUAGGCUAUAUUGAAGUCCUAGUCCUCAGCUUUUCUCGCUGCCUUCCUCGGUGCUUUACACCAAAGCACUUGUAUUACUCCUUUGAUGACAUCGUCCGACUUGCUAAUGUAACCCCAUUUACAGUCAAUGAAAUUGAGGCAUUGCGCGAGUUGUAUAAAAAGUUGAGUCAAUUGCUUGUUGAUGAUGGUCUCAUACACAAGGAAGAGCUCCAAUUGGCACUGUUUAGAAUGCCAGCGGGCGAGAAUCUUUUUCUGGACAGGGUAUUUGAUCUUUUUGAUGACAAGAAAAAUGGGGUCAUUGAUUUUGAGGGGUUUGUUCGUGCACUCGGUGUUUUCCAUCCUCAUGCUCCUAUGGAUGACAAAAUUGAUUUUGCAUUUAGGCUGUAUGAUUUGAGAGAGACUGGAUAUAUUGAAAAGGAAGAAGUUAGGCAGAUGGUUGUUGCCAUUCUUUCAGAAUCUGGUAUACAGCUGUCAGAUGAAAGUCUUGAAGCUAUCCUUGAUAAGACAUUUGCUGAUAUUGAUGCCGAUAUGGAUGGCAAGAUUAGCAAAGAAGAAUGGAAGGCUUUUGCUGUUGGGCAUCCAACACUUCUGAAGAACAUGACACUUGCUUAUUUAAAGGACAUUACAACCGUAUUUCCAAGUUUUAUUUUCAACACUGAAGUUGAUGAAAACAUUUUGGCAACAAUACGAUAAGGCUAAUUGUUGAAAAGGAAGAGAGGAACUGCCAAAGAAGUUGGACUAUUUUGGUUUAUAUAUGUUGCCUCCAACCAGUACAAACACAAGGCUGGCUCAAACCAUUGCAUCUAUCUAUGAUCAAUCCAUUCUUCCACUCGAAACCUCAUUGGCAACAAAUAUCCCUAGUUGUUUAUGUAUAUUGAUCAAAAUACUCCUAUUGUGUAGCGAAGUGAUAUGUAAUUUUAUCAUUGCCCUCGUUGUCUGUCCUGUCAUCCCCCAAUAAUUAUAUCCUAUGCCAGCUCUAUGGAGCAGGCCUCUCACAUGAUGUGGGUCCAAUGCACCUGUAGGACUUAGCUUGUGAGUGGUGUACUCCAUGGGACUGGUCUUGGGAACUAGGAGAUACCUUCUUGUCUUCCACACCUCUCUCUUUUUAAUAUUUUAUAGCCCCAAUUGACUCUUUGU